AUGCCUGCCAAUCACUGUGAUGUUUCCAACGCCUACGCCAAAGCGGACAAGGAGCCGCACCUCCGCAUCUUCCUGCAGAUGCCGCGGAACAUGCUGGUCUCAGAAGAGAGGCUGCAAGCACAAGGUGUUGCGAACGCGAGCGAGCUGGUUCUGGAAUAG